AUGAUUAGCCCUGUUUGGCGAAUCAAAGGACUGGACCCUCAUUGCGAUACCCCUGUUGAGAUCCUUCAUGUGGUGCUCCUGGGAUUCGUCAAAUAUUUUUGGAAGGAUGUCAUUCAGAAUCAACUCAAGAACAAGAAGGCCAAGAAAGAUAUACUGGCAGCCCGCCUCUCGUCACUCGAUGUCUCUGGACUAGGCCUUUCACGCCUGGCAGGCCAUACACUUGUCCAGUACGCCGGUUCUUUGGUGGGCCGAGAUUUUCGAGCGAUCGCACAGGUGGCACCGUUUGUGUUGCACCUGGUGUCCCCGGAGUGCUACAACACCUGGGUGAGCCUAUCAAAGCCGGUUCCUCUUGUCUGGCAGCCAGAGAUAGAGGACAUUGAUGCGCAUGUGAAACUACUCGAGAGGGAGAUUGAGACGUUUCUCCUGACCACGGCCAAGUGGACGCACCGGUGGUUCAAUAAACCGAAGUUCCAUAUUCUGGUCCAUCUCCCUGAACACAUUCGAUGCUUUGGCCCAGCUAUACUGUUCGCCACCGAGGGCUUCGAAUCAUUCAACGCCAUCAUCCGAGCAAAAAGCAUACACUCAAACCGUCAAGCCCCAUCUCGUGAUAUCGCCCGAGCAUUUGCGCAAGGGAAUCGGAUCAGACACCUUGUCAGUGGAGGGUGGUUUCAACGCUCUCGGACAACACCAGUCGACACUGAUCUGGCGAAGCGCGAGUUCUCGUUCGAUCGUCAACAGUGGGUCACGGCUGGGCACGAACCUCGGGAUAUGGUCGGGACGGAAACCACGGUUUCUAGCUACCUUGGAUUAAACAGCAAGCUCUCUGUUUACAAUGCCAAAUGUCACUUUGCGAAGAAGGGCCCCUGCAAAUUCUCCGACCUGAUCACGGCCUCACGCCUGCCAUCAGUGCACCCAAAAAAUGAUUCACAGCUGUUCAAGACCUGCACCCAUUUUGAUCUCAAGAACGGUGACCAUUGUGAGAUUGGAUCAUGUGUCGUUGUUGACGCCCUCAACUCUGUUCGCUCACUGGCUGUUGUGGAAGAGAUCAUCGCUGCACAGGAUGCUAUGUCUCAUAUGCCACCUCGCCAUGUCCUUGUCCGACUGGCUUCUGCUGAGCGCGUGGCCGAGCCUUAUGGCAUGCCGUACAUGGACCUUCAAGCUGAAUGGCAGCUGCUCAAAGCUUCGUCCAUUCUCUGUACAGUCAACACCCAGCAUCCAUGUGCACAGGCCAACUGCAAGCCGUCAGGUCAGGUAUCAGUUUACGAAGAACGCGAGAAGACACAUCGCACAAAGGCUGUCAUUGAACACAGAAACCACCCCGACGAACGAGUGGUCAAUACCGCCCAGAUGCGCGAUGCCAUGCACCUCCAACGUUUCCGUAUUCCCUCCCAGCCUCUCCCUGUCGACUCGACCCUUCGCUCAAGUGCCGAGGCCACCAUUGCUGCAAAGAAAGCUUUGCGAAAAGCAGCCUCAACCUCAAACGUUGCAUCUGCCCCGACUGUCACUUCACGUCCCACGAAUUAUCGUCUUGCGGCACUUCGAAACUCUGAAGUGAUUUAG